GUGUUGCGUUGCUGAUUACACUGUUAGCACGCUAAUAUCAGAUAGUCGGAACUUUUGUGCUUAAGAAUUAUAAAAAACAAAAACUGAAAAGAACCAGUACUCAGGUGCACAGGAUUCUCCCGUGUUCUGAAGUGGUUAGAUGGUCACAUAAUGUUCUACUGGGCGUGGUGUACCCUUUUUUACUGUUGUGAAGAGCUGCAGCGAAGUGUGCGGGCUGGAACUUGGCCAAGAGGAUUUUAUUUUUAAUCAUUUGUGUUGUCGGAAAGUGGAGGAGCGGUGAUACAAGAAAAUUGAAAGUCUUUUCCAAUUCCGUCACUGCCUUUCAUACACUCGACCUAAAGUACAAUGGAUGGACAAGGCGCUUGCAUGUUUCCUAAACCGCAGCUAAUUCCGAAAGUGAAAUAUGAGGGAAACGAUAACAUUACGUUACCGGCACCGUGUUUCCGGGUGGGAGAGCCCGAGUUGGUAUACGUGUAUUUUCUUAUCGGAAUCAUCCUGCCACUGCUUGCCACGUUAUUUCUACAGCGGAUGGCCAUUGUCAGGUUUUUUCUCCGUGUGGGCCAAAAAAUUUUCGUUGAAAAAUGUCGACCGGAAAGAGCCGCAGACGACAUAGGAGCCUCUUUGAAUGACUUGUCGGAAGCUGGAUCCGACAUGGAACAGCCGCCAACGGCACCAACGGAAAUAGUACCAUCGCUCAACAUGCUGAAGCGAGUCCGGUCGCUCAUGGAGAGAAAAGCCAGACGUCCCAUGUGGCAUCGCUAUUUAAAUCAAAUGUCUUCAUCCCAAACCCUUUUUGGUCAAAUCUUGAUGGGAGUCGGAGUAUUUUUCAGUUGCGUCUCGUUAUUCAUAUACUUAAAAUAUGUGAACAGGCAUCGUGACAGUUUGGAACUGUGCGGAACCAUGCCUAAUGUUUAUCAGAUUUUGGACGUGAUGGCGAAUUUAUACAUGCUUGUUUACUUUAUUAUACGGCUAGCCGGGAAUCCUAAGAAACAGAAAGUGGCCGUCGAUUUGCAUGCAUUCGGUGACUACUUUUGCAUACCGGCUUCAAUAAUCGGGGUUGGCUUGAACAGAUAUUUUACAGGUUUCACAUAUUUUCGCAUUUAUAAUCUUAUUUGGAUCGUGGAUAUUUGCGCUAACCGCGGCGUUGUUCGAUCGGCUAAUAAGACUCGCUUAUUGAAGUUGUUAGUGUUGGUGGUUAUGCUUGUCACUGUUUCCGCUGGAUUUCUGCAUUUGGCGGAAAAUCUCGGUGACCCUUGGAUUUAUGCUCCCGAUGGAACUCCCCUGUAUAACGGUCAGAAUGUGGUAUAUUGGCGUUGUUUUCUGUUUAUCUACGGCAGGAUUACCUGGCUGGACCUUAGCGGCAUCCGAGUUCUUACCCAUACCGGUCGAAUCAUCGUAUAUGCUUUCCAGCUUAUCGCAAUGGGCAUCAUUGGAAAAGCCAUUCCACGAAUUCUGCAAGAAAUCAAAAUUAAAGCGGAAUACGAUAAAAAAUACGAGCCCUGCUCCAUGUUCUUGCACAUUAUUGUCUGCGGUCAUGUUACAAGCAACACAAUGAAGGCGUUCCUCAAGGAAUUUUACCACAUUGACCGGUAUUUUGCAGAGCACUUCAAAGUGGUCGUUUUAAGCGACAACCCACCAGACGAAGCUAUGGAAAACCUAGCAGAGCGUUAUUUUAAUAAACUGGAAUAUAAGCGCGGAUCUAUUAUGAGACUGAAAGAUCUGCGCCGUGUUAACCUAGCGGAUGCGGCGGCCACUUUGAUUCUGGCUGAUCGGACUGCAGCGGAUGCCGAUGCUGACGAUGCUGCCAAUAUUAUGCGGGUGGUCUCCGUAAAAAACUUUAAAGGAACCGCUAGAGUUAUUGUUCAAAUUGCCCACUAUCACAAUAAAGCGUAUCUGCAAAAUAUUCCCAGCUGGAAUACAAAAAAUGGUGAUGUGAUUAUUUGCAUUGCGGAAUUGCGUUUAGGUCUGCUGGCGCAAAAUUGCCACGCGCCUGGAUUUUCGACGUUGAUGGCGAAUUUAUUCACCACUCGCUCGUUGGAUGCUAAAACAAAAGUAAAAGCACAGACAAAAAUAAUUAUGGAAGAAGAGCUAAUAGCUUUGCAUGAAACGUUCGUUGUUUACUGGCGUCUCUAUCUUACUUUCAGCAACACUUAUGCCCUUUGCGUAUAAAAAAUUGCAAAUUUUACGUAGGCGCUGCACGGUUGAAACGGGCAAGCUAAUAUAACAUAUGGCAGACGUAGUCUGUCUAUAUAUUAUAUUAGUACAAGAAACAGCCUCGGCUUCGCCUCCGCUUUUCUUGUGGUCUCCAGUCUACGGCCGGUUUAUUCAAAUGAUUUCGAUCAGCUAUUUAGUUAACAUCUUACAGUGAAACCUGUCUUUUACAUACACCGGUAAAUACAUACACCUGGAAAUUACAUACGCGGAAAUUUUAACCGGCGCGUCCCAUAGACUGCAAUAUAGUUCUGUGUAAUACAUACACCGGAAUAGCACAUACGGUUUUGCUUUAACCGAAGGUGUAUGUAGUAACCAGGUUUCACUGUAUUCCUUCAACGAAACAAAAUGAUCCGAAAAUACGCUAAAACGCAGAUAGAAUAAAAAGUGAAUUUAUGGCUUUUGUGCACGCAGACGCAUUCACUUUCACUCAGAAGGGAAUUUUUGUUAAAUUCUCCCUCCCGAAUUUGAUCGAGUCUACCAGGUACUAAAUUUCCACUAAAGGAUGCUUGCAAUAGAUGCUGGUAGCGGUCACUCGUUUACCUAGCGGUCUGUGUGCUAUGGAUAGUAGUAGCGGUCUGUGUGCUAUGGAUAGUAGUGGUAGUUCGGUCACUCGUUUACCUAGCGGGCUGCGUGGAUAGUAGUGGUCGUUCGGUCAUUCGUUUACCUAGCGGGCUGCGUGCUCUGAAUAGUAGUGGUAGUUCGGUCACUCGUUUACCUAGCGGGCUGCGUGCUCUGGGUAGUAGUGGUCGUUCGGUCAUUCGUUUACCUAGCGGGCUGCGUGCUCUGGAUAGUAGUGGUAGUUCGGUCACUCGUUUACCUAGCGGGCUGCGUGCUCUGGAUAGUAGUGGUCGUUCGGUCAUUCGUGAAUCCCUUUUUAUUUUUUGUGGUAAUAAAGAUCUAGAAUGUACAGUAGAUACCGUACUAUUAUUCCGUAUUAUACCAAAUAAUUUACGGACUGAAGAUGCUGAUUAUCAUUUAUCAAUCACUGUCUUUAGUUUUGCUCGGACUGCAAUGAAAGGUUUGCCCGUUUGAACGAUUACUAUGGUCAGUUUCUUUUACAGCUGACUUCAAAUGUAAACGAAGCCAUCCAUUUAUACGAUUUAAACUGUAAACGAAGCCAUCCACUUGCAGUAUCGUUUGUGCUACUGCUAAUUGGCUUUUCUAGUUUUGUAGGAUUAAAAGUU